GGGGACUGGCUCCGGGGCUCCAGGCUGAGUUCCGAGCUGCAGCCUGCACCGAGUACCUUUCCCGCCGCCGGAGCAGAUCCCAGUGGCCCUGAAAUGUUACUGGCAGCACUGAUCUCACAGCUCCCUGAUCUCACAGCUCCCCUGGGGUGAGCCAGGCCUUCGGAGCCCACACCCUACAAACUGAUGACUGCCACAAGCAGGCCCUUUGCUCACCCCUCCUAGGCCCUGCUGAUCACCAUGGCUGCUGGGAAAGGGGCUCCCUUGAGCCCUUCAGCUGAAAACAGAUGGCAGCUGAGUGAACCUGAGCAACGCAAGGGCCACAAGCCAGUGUCGCUGGAAAAAACAACCUGCCUGGGCUCUGAGGCUGGUACCGGCAGGGGUGCCCGGGAUGUGUCCUGUGCUGAUCUGGCCAUGUCAACAUCACCCAGCAAGCCCAGACCAGGCAAGCCGCUACCCCAGAAGGGGUGCAGUGGGGAGAGGCUGAGUGCCUUUAUGGAGCUGCCAAGGGCACUGGAGCGGCUGGGGAGUGGCUACACCCAGGACAAGGAGUGUGAGGUUCCCACAGGCCACCCUGGCCCCCAGAAGCUGACCCCAGACAUUCCCAGGGCACCAGCCUGCUCUGUGUGGCCUGGUGCAGCCCGUGGGGAGCAGAAAAGUGCCUUCAGAAAACCCACCAAGCGCCCAGCAGAGAGGCCUAUCUUCCAGGACACCCUGGGUGAGCUGUCUGGACUCCUUCGAGCUGUGGACAUCCCUACUUGGAAUGGACUGUCAGCUUCCAAGCUGGUGGUGGGGGACCUCUGGAACUUGCAAACGCUGUCGCAGAACACUCUGUUCUGUAGCGCUUUUGAGGGUGCCCCCACAUUGUGGCUAGAGCCUGUCCAGGCCCUGGGAGACCCCAUACCCUCAGUAUCCCACUCACCGGCCUCUCAGGCCCUCCUGCCACCCACACUCACCUCCCUGGGCUUGUCCACCCAGAACUGGUGUGCCCGGUGCAGCUGCUCCUUCCGUCUGACCUCUGACCUCGUCUUCCACAUGCGCUCCCACCAUAAGAAGGAGCCUGCAGGGCCGGAUCCCCAUCCUAAGAUAUGUAGGCAAGAGGCCCUCACCUGUCCUGUCUGCCAUGAGUACUUCCGGGAGCGCCACCAUCUUUCCAGGCACAUGACGUCACACAGUUAGCAGUAUGAAGGGGCAAAGUCUUGGGUACAGUGUCCUGUGGUGUCAGAGGUGGCUCCUGGCCUGUUUGGAGUAUGUCCCAGGUCUGAGAACCCUGUGAUCUUUGGCAUCUAUGGAUGAACAGCUCAAUCCUGACUGGAAAAAGACAGUGGAGCUCUUGUGAGAGGCUUUUCAGGAAAUGAAGUUGUAAGAUGAAGGAAUGUGCUGCUUUGCUUACCCAGGCUAGUGAAGCCAUGGGCACAGGGAGCGGGGCUGCACCCAGCUGCAUUCAUUUUACUCUGCACAGAAAUGUAUUUGGGGCACAGGAUGAGCUGUGUAGGCAGAUAAGCCUACAUUAGUGCUGGAGCCAUGGCCUUGGACCUGCUGAGCCUCAGCUUCCUCAUCAGCAAACUGGAAUUGACCAUGUCUGAGUGUAAUAGAGCAGCUGUGUGAAGAGUGGCCUGCUUGCUGCCUGGCACACCAUGGGCACUGAGGACAGGUCUGUGGUCACUGUCUGGACUCAUUAGUCUUGUCAUCAGGGAAAUCUCAGGGGCACAUGAGUUCGGGCAGGUGUUUUUUGGCCAUGGGUCUGCAGCAAGGCCAGGUGAACAGGCUUAGCUGGCUGUGGCUCCAGCGGCAGGGUGAAUCAAGUCCAGGCUCCAUGUUGGUACUGAUGUGUAGAGCAAGCCUCAUUGAUGGUGAUACCAAGAGUGUGUGAGGAACACAGGCCAGUAAUCCAACCUACCAUCUGCUCUGGGGUCUGCAAAAAGAUAUGAGCACAAGCCCUGUCCACAGAAGGCGGCUGCUGAGGCUGCUGUCCUGGGCAGGGUGGGAAAGGGCAUCUCAGCUCAUGUGAGACCUUCCCUGUGCACUUGGCAUUUUUCUUUCACCCCUUCACACAACAGCACCUGGUGCUGAUACCUAAUCCUCACCUUACUGCAGCAGAAACUAAGUUCAAAGAGCUUCACAGCUUCCUCAGACCAUUGCUCAGAAGCAGAGAUGACAGAACAAGACCCAAGUUCCCUGACUCUGAGCUCCUGUCCUUCCCAGACUGCCACAUGUGUGAGCAGUUCCAUGUGGACAAGGGGCUUCCUGAGUGACUCAGGAACUGGAACACAUGGCCAAGCCUGCCUCAUACUCUGCCUGAAUCUUGCUGCUUACACACACACGCACACACACAUGCACACGCACACACACACACAUUUCUUCUGCCCUUCUCUGGGGCACUUUUCUCUCUGUCAAA